AUGAAAGUAUCAAUCAUUCUAGCUACUUUGGUUGUCCUUAUCGCUGUGUCCUAUGUCCAUGGACAGUCAACUAAUACUACGACCACGGAAGCAACUACAACGACUACCACGGAAGCGACAUCCUCAUCGGCAACAUCGUCUUCGGCAACGGGCGGCAAAAGGAAGAAAGUCUAUGUUAGCAAUUUGACCUACACAGCCGUACGUAAGAUUAGGGUAGGAUCAACAACCACCUCCAGCACAAGAUCGACACGGACUCGCAAUGGUCGCUAUCGUGCACGCAAUGGACGCCGGGUCAAUGCUCGUCGUACUGGUCGUAGUGGCCGCAGGAAUAACCGAAAUGUACGUGUUGUUCGCGGUUAA